ACCUCUUUACGUAGUUGCUAUACUAUUCCAAGUGACAAGUAACAAGUAAUUUUAUUUAGUAAUGACGUGAUGGAUUCAACUGCUAUAACAGGUACCGAGGACCAGGAAGUCUUGGAAAAUGAAAUCGCAGAUCUGGAGUAUCGCCUCCAAAAGGCUAAAGAACGAUUAGCGGAAUCAGCUACAACAGCGAAAGUCACUUAUAAGCCGUCACUCUCAUCAUAUCCCACAUCGCAAUCCGCGCACCACUACCUCCUGCUCCUCUCGGACUCGGCCUUACCGCUAGGAUCCUUCGCCUUCAGUUCGGGGCUAGAAUCGUACUUGGCACAUACGCGGCGCGGCGGCGGCCCCUCUUCGUCUUUUUCGUUUCCCAGCUCCGGUUCCCGCCCCACCAACCCGUUCUCCUCCUUCCUCCCGCUCUCCCUCUCCUCCUACGCCAGCACCACGCUGCCGUUCGCGCUCGCCGCCCACCGGGCCCCGGACCCCGACACGCUCGCCCGGCUCGACGACGCGCUCGACGCGGCGAUCGUAUGCGCCGUCGGCCGCCGCGCUUCCGUCCAGCAGGGCCGCGCGCUACUGGCUAUUUGGGAGAAGAGCAUGGCGGCGGCGGCGGAUCCGGGGGCUAGGUUGAGGGGGUAUGCGGAGAUGGUGCGGGUUGGGGCGGUUGUUACGGCAAGCAGCAGCACCACCAACGACCGAACUAGUAAUCAUGGUAGUAGUAGUAGUAAUGGUGGAAAUGGAAAUGGUAAUGGUAACGAGCAGUUAUGCGAUGAGCCCCUCCCGCCCCCGGCAUCAGCGCACCUGGCGCCGCUCUUCGGCGCGGUGUCGAGCCUCUGCGGGCUGAGCGAGCGGCAGACGGCGUACGUGUUCAUGCUGGGCCACGUGAAGGCGUUGGUGUCGGCGGCGGUGCGGGCGGGGCUGUUCGGGCCGUACCAGGCGCAGCGGAUCCUGGCGGGGGAGGAGGUGCGGGGCUUGCUGGAGGAGGUCAUCGCGAGGGAGUGGGAGACGCGGGUCGAGGACGCCGGGCAGUGCGUGCCCGUGAUGGAUUUGUGGGUGGGGAGGCAUGAGCUGUUGUAUUCGAGGAUAUUUAAUAGCUAAACGGGAAAGAGGGAAAGACACACACACACACACAGAGAGAGAGAGAGAGAGAGAGAGUAAAGAAGAAGAAGAUGAUGAUAUGAUGACUUGUGGCUAAGGAAGAGAGUGUUAGGUACGUAUGUAAGGACGCUGUGGGCGCUGGUAUCUAUUAUUACGGAACGCGUGGCGUAUGGAAAUUAUCAGAGGUAUAUAUACAAUUUGGCAAAAGUCUGCCUCUUCUAGGAGGCCAUACGAUUUGAUCUAAUCUAUCCCCGAAGCCCUUAUUCGUCAUCUUCGCUAUCGCUUCCGUAUGCUACUAAAGGGCCCGAUGACGCCGCUGCUUUGGCUUUCGGGCCUGUUGAGACCUUGGCUGUCUUCAACGCUGCUAAUGUGCUGCUUGAGAAGAUUCCGCCCCCUCCCCCAUCCUUCUCUGCAGAUUGGAGUUGGAGUUGGUGUUGUUGUUGCUCCUGCUG